AUGGAAGAAUCGUAUUUUUAUCAAGAAAAUAACACUGCUGAUCAGCUCGAUGAAAUCUCAAUGAAUUUUAGAGAUUUUGACUUGAUCAAAGGGAUUAAGGAACUAUUUGUUCAGAAAUUGAAGAAUGACGGCUUAGAUGAACGAGAAUUUGCUGAUUUCAGACUCGGGACGAUGAAGAAAUUGAACAACGUUAGCGUUGGUUUGCCCAUUGACGAGUUUUUACGCGAAGCAUAUGUAGGCCUCCUCCAAGCCUUGCUUUGUCUAAAGAGCGAUAACAGGCUUUCUAAUACAAGCAAACGGUUGCUACCACAAAUUUCAAAUGCUCUAAGCGUUAUUCGACAUACUUUGAAAGAACAAGAGAGCCAGAUACCGAAUCUUGAAUUAGAAGCAAGCCAUUAUAGAAAGAAUACAUUGGAUGGUUUGGCUAGCCUCACCGAUAUUUACUUGAGAAGUAAGCCAGAUUACGAAGUGCUCAAGUCAUAUGGCAAUUUCAUCAAAGAUUUUCAGAUUAUCAGCGAGAUUACUGAAAGUUUAGAAGAUUUACAAGAUAAAAUUGAGGUGUUGAAACAAGGGAUCGAAAGGCCUGUUAACGACCACAAUGUAUCGCUGUUUGCUGAGAUCACAGUUGAAAUGGAACAGAGAGUUGAUUUGUCCGGAUUUAUUUGA